AUGGCCGACAAGCGAACAAUCACCCAGCCCGACCAGCUGACUCUCUACCCUACACCGUCUGUGGGCUUGCCCGUCUCGCGCAUCGAUAACAUUAUAGCCGAAAUUCGCAAUCGCAUCUCUAGCCGAGUCAAGGUCCAAAAGGACUGGUGGUGCAUCGACCUCAGCCGCGGCGAGUUCGAGGCUUUUGAAGCGCGCUUCAAAGCCGAAGCGGAUUACCGCUGGCCAAAGUACGACUACUUCCCUCAGCCUGGCAAGUUCGUCCUACGCAUGGCGGGCCCUGUCCACAACCUCGUUGUCGCAGGAUUCCAAAACCUAGUUAAAAGACAACUAUUCAUAAUGGAACGGAGUAACGACCGAGUCACUGCCGAUUUCGCUCGGGGCACACGCGCAAGAAGAAGCCCCAAGAUUGAGGAUGAGUACAUCCUAGGCUCACGUGGGCGGGUCCAAGUCGUUAUCGGGAUUGACCUUGAAUACCGGAAGGAGAAGGGAAAAGAAGCCAGGGUCACUGUGUGGCGACCAAGAUUUACUUUUGAGGAAGAUGGGGGGGAAGUCGCACUUGAAGCAGCUAAGACGGAAACAGGUAUCUUUCGGGCAGCGGAUGGUAGUGUGGUCGAUGGGGAACGGAUCCUUCGUAUCGGGCUCAAAGAUUUUGGCUACUGGCCCAAUUGCCUCAGAAUCGACGACAUCCCCGGGGAGAUUACUAUUUCGUUUUCUCAACUUCACAAAAUGGUGCAGCAGGCUGAGCAGCGCAUGGAUCGUACGCGCGGGCAGAUGCAGCGUGAGAAGUGUUUGAAGCGGCGAAUGGCUCAGUCACCACCGCAGUAA